ACAGAUAGAAGAACGCAGUGGCGUCAGCAAUCGGAAAUCCACAACCACAACCUCCGCCACCCCACCUCCCUCUCUUUCUCAGUCCUCCAAUCACCCUUCAAUCGGAUCCUUAAACUAUUUCCGGAAAUUUUACGAUUCAUACUUCAACAAAUUAAUCAAUAAUGGCGACUGCAUCAGUGGCGUUUAAGUCUAGGGAAGACCAUAGGAAGCAGCUUGAAUUAGAGGAAGCUCGUAAAGCUGGGCUUGCGCCAGCUGAGGUUGAUGAAGAUGGAAAAGAGAUUAAUCCUCACAUUCCGCAGUAUAUGUCUUCUGCUCCUUGGUAUCUCAAUUCGAAUAAGCCGAGUUUGAAGCAUCAAAGGAAGUGGAAAUCGGAUCCGAAUUACACCAAAUCGUGGUAUAACAGAGGUGAAAAAGGUUUUCAGGCAGAUAAGUUUCGGAAGGGUUCUUGUGCUAAUUGUGGUGCCAUGACCCAUGAUGCAAAGUCUUGCAUGGACAGACCUCGAAGAGUUGGAGCAAAAUGGAAUGGAAAACACAUUGCACCAGAUGAAAUAAUAGAGGAGUUUGAGCUGGAUUUCGAUGGGAAACGCGACAGAUGGAAUGGUUUUCAAGCUGAAAGUUAUGCCUUAGUUGUUCAUAGAUACGAGGCACAGGAAGAGGCAAGAAGAAAACACCUUAAGGAACAACAGUUGAAAAAGCUCGAGGAGAAAAAUAAAACUGGUGAGGAUGGUGGGGCUAGUGAUGAUGAUGAUGAUGAAGAUGAUGUAGAUGCUUUGAAAGUAGAUGAGGCCUUGGUCGAUGAGAGUAAACAAAUGGAUUUCGCAAAGGUUGAAAAACGUGUUCGUACGACUGGUGGAGGAAGUACUGGAACUGUAAGAAACUUGCGUAUUCGAGAAGAUACAGCCAAAUAUCUAUUGAAUCUUGAUGUUGAUUCGGCCUACUAUGAUCCUAAAACGCGGUCCAUGAGAGAGGAUCCUCUUCCAGAUGCCGAUCCAAAUGAGAAGUUUUAUGUUGGUGACAAUCAAAAUCGGCUCAGUGGUCAAGCUUUGGAAUUCAAGCAGCUCAAUUUACAUGCUUUUGAGGCAUUUGACAAGGGACAAGAUGUACACAUGCAAGCAGCUCCUUCCCAAGCUGAGUUGCUUUACAAGAACUUCAAAGUCAAUAAAGAGAAGUUAAAAUCCCAGGUGAAGGACACCAUAAUGGAGAAGUAUGGCAAUGCUGCAUCAGAGAUGGAUAUUCCACGGGAACUUCUACUUGGCCAAAGUGAUAGGCAAGUUGAAUACGAUCGUGCUGGACGGAUAAUCAAGGGGCAGGAGAUGGCUGUUCCCAAGAGUAAAUACGAAGAAGAUGUGUUUGCUAAUAAUCACACAAGUGUUUGGGGUUCAUGGUGGUGUGAUUUCCAAUGGGGAUACAAAUGUUGCAAGCAGACAAUCCGAAACAGCUAUUGUACGGGUGCUGCAGGGAUUGAAGCUGCAGAAGCAUCAGGAGAGCUGAUGAAAGCUAACAUUGCCCGGAAAGAAACUUCUGAAGAAAACCUAGCGCCUGUUGAAGAGAGAAGGCCGGCUGCUUGGGGUACAGAGGUGCCGGAGGACUUGGUUCUGGAUGAGAAGAAACUUGCUGAUGCAAUUAAAAAGGAGAAUGCAAAGAGGAAAGAAGAAAAGGAUGAAAGGAAGCGGAAAUAUAACGUUAAUUACGACAACGACGUGACACCAGAAGAGAUGGAAGCUUUCAGAAUGAAGAGGAUCCACCCUGAUGACCCCAUGAAAGAUUUCCUUUGAAGCUGUACGUACUCCUAAUGAGAACUUUUGUGUUACAGAAGGAAGCUACCUCCUUGCUCAUAUCUUGUCUAUGUUGUACUAUUGGAGAUGCAUUUUGUUGAUGAAAGCAACAUUGCGCGUACAUGUAUCAGUAUCAAUUAUCUUUCGAGGGGGUGUUUGCUUAUGAGUUAUAGUUUUCCUUCCCAGUACGUAGUACUCUCGCGUGUUUGUAUAUACUUACGAAGUGUUUGAUUUCACUUAUCUUGAAUGUAUUCGGAGGUUUGUAUUAGCUGCAAAUAAAUUGCAAAAUUAUGUGCAACAUUGGUCUCUUCUUUGUUUGUACAAUAUUACUUAGUUUCUCAA